CAGAGUGCUGGAGUAACUCAGCGGGUCAGGCAGCAUCUGUGGAGAACAUGGAUAGGUGACGUUUCACAGAGUACUGGAGUAACUCAGCGGGUCAGGCAGCAUCUGUGGUGAACAUGGAUAGGUGACGUUUCACAGAGUGCUGGAGUAACUCAGCGGGUCAGGCAGCAUCUGUGUGGAGAACAUGGAUAGGUGACGUUUCACAGAGUGCUGGAGUAACUCAGUGGGUCAGGCAGCAUCUAUGGAGAACAUGGAUAGGUGACGUUUGGGGUUGAGACCCUUAUUUAGACCCAAUCCAUGUUCUCUACAGAUGUCUCCAGACCCGCUAAGUUAUUCCAGCACUCUGUGUCUUUUUCUGCCAGCUGGCAUCUGCAGUUGUUUGUUUCUCCACUGUGAUGAAAAGCUUUGUGUCAGUCGGGCAGGGCUGGGGUUAAAGUUGUUGUUCCUAGCGUUAGCUUUUCCUGGGUCAAAUGUUCGAGCUGUUGUUGACUUGCUCCCGUGCUUGUGAAGGCCCCUGGACAUCCGCACUCUGGGCCGACACCUCCUGUCAGUUUACCCUGGUCAGAAGGUGACAUUGCUGCCCGCGGUGGCCGCGGGGUCCAUGGUCCAGCCGAGACUCCACACCAUCAGCUGUGUCUCUCCACGAGGCACCUCCUCGGACGGGCAGUUGCUGUGUCCACUCUCAGGGAGAGGACGUGAGGUGAUGUGUCGGUGACUCUGGUGUGUUGAAAGCCGCCGGUCUCUCCAGCCCAACCAGGACGUGCCAGGAGCUGCGGUCCAGUCGAUGCCAUGGCCUUUGCGGUCAUCCUGGAGGCAGUGGGAGGCACGGGGAAGUUCCAGGCGGUCCUUGUCCUCCUUCUGUCCUUCCCGAUUCUCUUCAUGGCCAGCCACAACCUGCUGCAGAACUUUGUUGCAGCCGUCCCUGACCACCGAUGCCGUCUGGGUCUGGGUCUGGGCCACAAACUCAACGUGACAUGGGAGCCUCUGGCCGGGGAUCUUGUGACCCUCUUUGUGCCCGUAGACCAGCAGGGGCGAGCGGACAAGUGCCGUCUCUACACCGAACCGCAGUGGCACCUCCUGUGGCCCAACGGUACGCGGGGUAACGGGAGCGGGGCGGAGACACAGCCGUGUACAGAUGGGUGGGAGUACGACCGCUCCCAGUUCAGUAACACCAUCGUGACCGAGUGGGACCUGGUUUGUGAGCGGCACGCUCUGAGACACCUGGUGCAGUCUCUCUACAUGGCCGGGGUUCUGACCGGCUCAGUCGUGUUCGGGAGGCUCUCCGACAGGUAUGGCCGGCGCACCUUGCUGCUCUGGUCCCACUUCCAGCUGGCCGUGUCGGGCACCUGUGGAGCGUUCUCCACCUCCUUCCCACUCUUCUGCUUCUGGAGGUUCCUGUCCGGCAUGGCGCUGCCGGGGAUCACUCUCAACACCCUGUGCUUGUGUCUGGAGUGGAUCUCCACCAAAAUCCGUAUGCCAGUCAUCACCUUCUGCAGCUACACGUACACAGCUGGCCAGCUGUUGCUGCCCGGAGUAGCCUACCUGAUCCGUGACUAUCGCUGGCUACAACUGGCCAUCACUCUCCCGUCGUUCCUCUGCUUCCUGUACUCCUGGUGGUUUCCUGAAUCGGCCCGCUGGCUGGUGAUGAUGAACAAACCUGAGGAGGCCCUGAAACAUCUCAAACGAGUGGCCAAUCUCAAUGGCCGUGGCCAGCAGGGUGAGGAGGUGACCGUCGCUAUGGUGGAGUGCAACAUGCAGGCGGAGCUGAGGAGCAGCAAGGAGAGCUUUGGUGUGUUGGAUCUGUUCAAGACGCCCGUCCUACGGAGAACAACCUUCUGCUCCGCACUGGUCUGGUUCUCCACCAGCUUCUGCUAUUAUGGCCUGGCCAUUGACCUGCAGGGCUUUGGGGUGGACGCAUACCUGAUCCAGCUGAUAUUCGGGGCGGUGGAUAUCCCGGCCAAGCUGGUUGGCUUCUGUACUAUGAACUACAUCGGGCGCAGGUUCUCCCAGGCCUCCUCCCUGGGCAUGGCCGGAGUGAUCAUCCUCAUCAACAUCUUCAUCCCUCAAGAGCUGCGGGCCUUGCGUACCGGCUUUGCCGCCUUUGGGAAGGGCUGCCUGGCUGCAUCCUUCGCCUGUUGCUUCCUCCAUGCCGGCGAACUCUACCCCACCGUCAUCAGGCAGACCGGGGUGGGUCUGGUCAACACCAUUGCUCGGGUCGGGGCCAUAGUGGCCCCACUGGUCAGGCUGGCCGCUGACCAGCUGCCCUUCCUCCCAAUGGCCAUCUACGGAGCGAUGGCCCUCAUCGCCGGUGCUUCCGCCUGCUGGCUUCCAGAGACCCUCAACAGACCCCUCCCUGACACCGUCGAGGAGGUGGAGAACAGAGGAAGGGAAGAGAAGAGGGAGUUGGCUGAACCACAGAUCCCAAUGAUGGAGCAGAGCGUCUGAACCUCCACCAUCUUCACCCACCGGCAGUACAGACUUGAUGGGCCAAAUGGCCUUUUCCUGCUAUUGUUUCUCGUGAACUUUUCCAGUUUGACCCAAGUGUUUUUAUGAUGUUGGAUGAUUAGUUUAACUUAGUUGAGUUGAGUUUAGUUUAGAGAUACAGCGCGGAAACAGGCCCUUCGGCCCACCGAGUCCGUGCCUACCCAGGUCUGUGGCCCUGUGAGGCAGCAGCUCUACCCGCUGCACCUCCGCGCCACCCUUAUCUUAUAAAGUCACAGUCACCCAGCACGGAAACAGGCCCUUCGACCCAACUUGCCCAUACUGACCAACAUGCCCCAUCAUCAUUAGUCCCACCUAGAAACAUAGAACAUAGAAAUUAGGUGCAGGAGUAGGCCAUUCGGCCCUUCGAGCCUGCACCGCCAUUCAAUAUGAUCAUGGCUGAUCAUCUAACUCAGUAUCCCGUACCUGCCUUCUCUCCAUACCCCCUGAUCCCCUUAGCCACAAGGGCCACAUCUAACUCCCUCUUAAAUAUAGCCAAUGAACUGGCCUCAACUACCCUCUGUGGCAGAGAGUUCCAGAGAUUCACCACUCUCUGCGUGAAAAAAGUUCUUCUCAUCUCGGUUUUAAAGGAUUUCCCCUUUAUCCUUAAGCUGUGACCCCUUGUCCUGGACUUCCCUAACAUCGGGAACAAUCUUCCUGCAUCUAGCCUGUCCAACCCCUUAAGAAUUUUAUAAGUUUCUAUAAGAUCCCCUCUCAAUCUUCUAAAUUCUAGAGUGUAUAAACCAAGUCUAUCCAGUCUUUCUUCAUAAGACAGUCCUGACAUCCCAGGAAUCAGUCUGGUGAACCGUCUCUGCACUCCCUCUAUGGCAACAAUGUCCUUCCUCAGAUUUGGAGACCAAAACUGUACGCAAUACUCCAGGUGUGGUCUCACCAAGACCCUGUACAACUGCAGUAGAACCUCCCUGCUCCUAGACUCAAACAUACCUCCCCCAGCCCCGCAUGAUCUUGUACACCUCAAUAAGGUCACCCAGAGCUCUGCCUCCAGUGCUCCAAAUGAAAAAGUCCCAGCCUAUCCAACCCCUGUGUCUGUAACUAUUGCAAAACUCUUCCACUCCCUCCCCCCCUCCCGUUCCCACACGGACCUUCUGCCCUGGCCCUCCUCCAGUGUCAAAGUGAGGCCCAACAAAAAUUGGAGGAACAGCGCCUCAUAUUACCCUUGGGUAGCUUACACUCUAGCGGUAUGAACAUUGACUUCUCCAACUUCAAAUAGCCCUUGCUUUCCCCCUCUCUCCAUCCCUCCCCCUUCCCAGUUCUCCCACCAGUCUGACUGUUAUCCUGAUUAAAAUGUUACCUCGUUGUCAACUUCAUCAAGCUAACAAUGAUCUAUUGUAUUUAAGAUUACACAGAAAAGCUGGAGAAACUCAGCGGGUGCAGCAGCAUCUAUGGAGCGAAGGAAAUAGGCAACGUUUCGGGCCGAAACCCUUCUUCAAAUCUAUUGUACAUUUCCCUUGUCUUAAAACAUAGAAACAUAGAAAUUAGGUGCAGGAGUAGGCCAUUCGCCCCUUCGAGCCUGCACCGCCAUUCAAUAUGAUCAUGGCUGAUCAUCCAACUCAGUAUCCCGUACCUGCCUUCUCUCCAUACCCCCUGAUCCCCUUAGCCACAAGGGCCACAUCUAACUCCCUCUUAAAUAUAGCCAAUGAACUGUGCCCUCAACUACCCUCUGUGGCAGAGAGUUCCAGAGAUUCGCCACUCUCUGCGUGAAAAAAGUUCUUCUCAUCUCGGUUUUAAAGGAUUUCCCCUUUAUCCUGAAGCUGUGACCCCUUGU